ACACGUAGGCUUGAUGUCCGGGCGACUCAGCUGUGUUUGAUCACUCUCUUCUCUUCCUCUUAAUAAUGAUACACCGGACAUAUGUGUGGAUAAGGAACUGAACCGAAGCUAGCAGCGGAUCAUCAACCGGCUCUCGCUCGGAUGGAAGCUUGCUGUCGAGUUUUAGGACCAUUAAACUAGCAGGUGUGUUCGAUUAGUUGACGGGGUUCCAUCCAGAGGACGUUAAGUCCGAGGGUCAAAGAGGAAGAACUCUGAAGAUGGACCCCGACAGUGUCUUCACCAGAGUGGAGAGGACUUUCUGGACAGCUUGGUACUAUAUAACCGGAGCUGUGAACAGAUUCAUCAGGCCAGAGCCCGUUGACAUCGCCAGCAAUGACAUACAGGCCAUCCAGGGAUCUGCGGUUGACAGUGAGCCCGUUAAGUCUGCUGAUGCAGAUGGUGAUGUUGGCAGAAGAGGGGUCGAUGAGGAACAGCCUCUUGCAACAUCCUCUCUGAUUAGCUCAUCUCGGCCACUUGUUGCCGGGGAAGUUUGCACCACAGAAAUCAACUUAAGGCCUGAUGAAGAAAGCGUGGAGUACACAAUCCAGCCGAACAGAAUCAGUGAGAGCAAAGCAACUGAGGAAGGUGAGGGCACAAGAGAGGAGCAGUUUGCCCGAGCGAGAAAUGACGAUGAUGGACUGCUGGUUGCAAAGGAAGACAAACAAGAUGACAAAGAAGACAAUGGAGAUCAGAAAUUGCCCAGACAAGAUGAGACGCCGGAGAAUGAACAUACGAACACCAGGUCACAAAGACUUACAGAUGAUGCAAUGUGUGAAGACAUGGAGGAAAGUGAAAGAAAUGCUGGUAAUGAGGAGGUGUCAAUGACAGUGGAUGAUCAUCAAAAAAUGGAUGAAAUCAUCCCAGUGAAGGAAGAAGAUGAUAAAAUGCAGCAUGAUCAUAAACCAGAUUUGGUGGCGGAAGACAUUGAGGUGCAACUGUGCACAAUCAAAGAUUUUAGUAUAAAAGAAGAGGAUGACAUGCACAUUAAAGGGGCAAAGUUGCAGAGGAAUGAGGCAGAUACAGCGGUGACGCAUGAGGAAGAAGAAUACACUGAUAGUGUGCAACAGCUGGCCUCUCAAAAUGAGAAAAAGUCUGAAGCAGCAAAACGAGUUGAAAAUCAGCUGUCGCUCUGUAAAGAGUUGUCAGACGAAGGUAGACGUUUUAGGGGAGACCCGGGCUUUACUUCACUGCAUGUUGAAUUACAAACAACCUAUGACAAAAGUGGCAGUGUUUCUGAGGAGGAAGUAAUUGUUGUCGAGCAAGAGCAUCUGAUGACUCAUAGAAGUGGAAGAGGUGUGAAAGAGGAGGAUGAGGGUGCUGUCAUUGAGGAAGAAAAUAGCAAUGGUGCUGCAACCAACCAGACAAAAGAUGAGGCGCCAGAGCAGGAAGGCGAUAUCAGAACAGUUACAGAAGACAGAGAAGAAGAACAGAAUUUAGUUGAACAUGAAGUGACACAGAAUGCUGAAACAGAGCCCCACACAGCUGAAUUUUCAGAUGGAGAACAAGGGGUUGUGGCUAAGGAUGCCAAAGUGCAAACUACAACGAGAGAGGCUGAUGUUGAGACAGAAAGUCCCGGCACCGUGAUCGAAGAAAGGUCUGAUGGGACAGAGGCUCACAUUUCCAUAGAGGAGAGGCUUUCCAGCAAAGUCCAUAACAAAGAAAAUAUCAUGGAAAUAGGAUGUAUGUCCACCUCGGCUACAAAAAAAACUGAAGGCGAGGCUGGACAGGAAAUGACUGAAAAGCUUAAAAAUAUUCCCCUGGGGUUAGGUGAAGGCCGGGUUGUUGUGUCGCCGGAGCUAAACUCUCCAACAUGUGAGGAAACAGAAGAGGGAGUUCCUGAAUACAACAAUGAGCCUGGUCCUGGGGAAAACGCAACACAAAGGUUCCUGGAAGAAGGAGAUUGCGAGGAAAUCCAGGGAAGCCAAUUACCAGAAGAGGUGGAGAGCAAAGAGCCAGAGAGCCUUCAAAACAGUGGGUUUAGCACCGGAGCUGACUAUUUACUAGUGAGGGAGCAGAUGGAAGAGAAACAAGAAAGUCCACGAGAUAUUAAGGGUAGCUUUGAAACUGGAUUGCCACAAGAAUCAGAGAAACCACUUGUUGAAGUAGUUAUUCAAGAAUCAGGACAUUUAUUUGUGGAAGAGGAAGGAGAAUUGCUGGUUGACUUAAUGAAGACGGGGAUUGAACACUUGAGAUUUGAGUCCGACGUCGGCUUACCAGACGAGAGCGUCAAGGCACAAGAUGGGCCUGAAGGGCUUUUGGUUGAAUUUGAAAUAGACAAAGAGCUACAUGAUUCCAACAUAGCUGAUGCUGCUGGAGAUGGCAGUGAGUUGCCAGGAGAUGAAACAACAAAGGGAGAGGUUGGAUUUGCUGAUGAAACUUUCCUUGAGGUCAAAGAACAGAAGAUGACAGUGACUAGGUUCUUUCAGGAAUCUGUUGAUGCCGUAGACUCUGAGCUAAACUGCAACAUGACUCCUAGUUCCUUGGUAGACAUUACUAAAUCUGAACUCCUAAAACAGUUGGAUGAGACUGAGCCUGAAUUACGUGAAGAUGUGGAAAUGCAAGAUGCAGGGAUACAUAUGGAGGAGGAUGCAGCAGAAGAUGAAAAGCAGAACAAAAAUGAGAUGGCGUUUUUACAUCUGCAGGUAGCAGGAAUGGCAGACUCAGAAUCGUAUAGACCAGUUGAGUCACUGCACACGGAAAUUCAACUAUCAGACGAAGCAUGGGAGAUAAGCAAUGAGGAGGUUUUAACUGAAGCAGCAGGUGAAUCAAAGACAGUUGAGUCCAAACCGAAAGAUUUGACUUCAUCAACAGAAGAAGUGGCAAAGCAUGUGACAGAAUCUGAGGCGAGUUGUGCCGAAGAAACCGUUUGCUCCAUUAGUGGCUAUCAGGAUGUGAUCGAUGAAGAAAUCCUCGACUUGUGGCUACAGACAGCGUUGUCGGAGGACACUGGUGGAAUAAAACACCAAGAAGGGCCAGAGCCUAGACGCCAAAUGGAGCCAUUGAAUCAGGAACAAGAUGAAAUAUCAUCAGUGCAGCCAGAGAAGGAUGAAGAGCAGUUUCUUGAAUUAAAUUCAAAAGAAUCUGAGUUAGUGAGUGACACAGAAAAGUCUUCAUCAACAGUAGAGUCUGGAUUUUUGGACCAGUCUCUCUGUGAAUGGGGCAUACACAACAGUGAAACUCAGCUACUGAAAACAAGUAGCGCUGUGUCAUUACCAGGCAUAUAUAACAUGUUGGCUAAUAUGUCCGAAUCAGCAAAUAUCCCUGAAUUGUCUCCACAAGAUUUUACCUCUGGAUCUCUAGAUAAAGUCAUGGAGAAAGUAGCUGAGACAGCGCAAUCAUACCUGAAAGAGGAGGAUUUCAUCCGUGAGAGAGGAUUUCACCUUGAUACAGCCGUUGCGUCACCAGAGGCCAGACAUCUGAAUCAGGAAUUGCAAGAAAAAACAGAAGAAGUGGACACUCAAACUGGAUCAGAGAAAGAGGUUGAUGCUGAGGUAACUGAUUGGACAGACACUAAAGAAGCAGAGUUUAAGCCAAUGACAGAAAUGACCAUGAGAAUGUUCAGAGGUGAGAAGCCAAAAGCAGAAGAUGAGCCUCUUGAGAUAACUUUGUCUGACUCUCUAGAUCAAAUCAAACACAUUGAAUCAGGACAACCUAGAAGCAGCUCCGAGUCUUUGUUUGAGGAGGAAAUAGUUUUGACACACUCUGGUUUACAAGGCGACACCUGCACUGAAUCCAAGAGCAAGUUGCCCUCCCUGGACAAACCACAGCCUGGAUGGUCAGAAGAUAUUGCUGAAUCAUUUCCUGGGCUGAACACGAUGGAGGUGGCAGAACAGCCAACAACAGAGUCUAAAGAUCUGAUGGAGGUGGACACUGCUGCACUUGACUUUUCUGCGCAAAGGUCAAGAAUAUCUGUUAAAAACCCUCGUGUAAGACCACCCAAAGAUCCCCGCUCCCUUCUACAUAAGCCCUCAGUGGAUCCCACACCCUCUUCACAUCUGUCAGCCAAAGUCCUUGCAGGUGUGCCACUGAGAGGCUUGGGCAUUGGAAUCAAACUGCCUGGGCUUGGUGCAGGUUUUCCUGUUUUAAAAAAGACACAACGGGUUGUGAGCGAUGAAAAUAGUCCAGAAACCCUCUCACAGGAGACAAAACCAGAGGAGAAGAGUGACUCUCCCAAACAAGACGAGGCACAACCUAAACCCAAAUGGAUGACACCAAGACAUCCAGGAUUUGGAAAUCCACUUAUGUCCGAGCUGAAGACCAAACUGAAGAAAACCACAAAAGAGUGAAAGGAAUUUAAUUGUAUCGGUGUGUAUGAAUAUUUGAAUAUUAUACAGAAAUUGCUUUAUUUUUUUUGUAUUUAUGAAACUGAAUACGUGGAUGCAAUGGUAAUUGUGUCACUUAUUUGCUCUAUGUUUUGUAAUAAAGCUUUGCUAAAAAC